GUUCCUUUCAGUUAUUACAAGCUUAAAUUUUCUGAAAAAGUCGGCUUUUUCGAUAAAAGACAAUUUAAUUAGCUACAAUGACGCAAGCAAAUGAAGACGAAGAUGAACAAGAACCUCGGAUUUAGUUUGAAACAUCAAAUCGAAUUAAAAUUUAAUAAAAUAUGAAAUAAUAAGCAUUUUUAUAUGGCUGUGUAUUUAAGGAACUUUAGAUCAGAAAUUGUUCUGAACCUUCGCAUUUUCCGACCAUGGCAUUGCGAAAAGCGCAGCCUUGCCCAAUUAAUAUGUGGAGGAGCCCUUAAAAGGGCGCAAAGUAUCACUUACCCGCUCAGAAAUGUAAAUACUAGUGUGGUGUACUUUAAAAGGAGAAAAACUGCAGAAGAAAAGAAAGCACCGAGAAUAAUAGAGUUUCCAAGCAAAUCUAAGAACGAAGUAAUCGGCGUCUGGAAUGGCAUCACAAUGGCCGAAUUAGCGACAGUUUUAAAACGCGAUAUCAAUUAUGUGAGAGAUUUGUUUCUAAAUGAAAUUCACAACCCACAUACGCCAAUAGACGAUUUCAAAUGUCUUCAGAACGCCGUUAAACGAGGAGGCAAACGAGUGAAAAUAAUCGGAAGACCGAUAGAUGCUAACGCGGAAGAUAAAGUUAAGGAGCUGAAACCUCGACCGCCUGCAACAAAAGCAGAGCUAAGGCCUAGGCCUCCAGUAGUCACAGUAAUGGGCCAUGUAGAUCAUGGAAAAACCACUCUUUUGGAUGCACUGCGACAUUCCAGUGUGGUCGAACAGGAGUUCGGAGGAAUCACUCAACAUAUUGGAGCUUUUUUGGUCACACUGGGUUCAGGCGCAAAAAUCACCUUUCUGGACACGCCCGGCCAUGCAGCAUUUAGCUCAAUGAGAGCAAGAGGCGCGAAUUUAACCGAUAUUGUCGUCUUGGUUGUGGCUGCCGAUGAUGGCGUUAUGGAACAAACCUUGGAAUCUGUACGAAUGGCUAGAAAUGCUAAAGUUCCCAUACUGGUUGCAAUAAACAAAAUCGAUUCUCCAAAGGCCAAUAUACCACGCACUGAGAAUAUGCUGCUCGAAGCUGGUCUGCAAAUAGAGAAACUGGGCGGAGACAUCCAGGCCGUUCCAAUAUCCGCGCUAAAAAAGCAGAACUUAAACCAACUCACUGAAGCUUUGGUACUGCAAGCUGAUCUACUGGAUAUUGGAGGAGACCCCACUGGGCCAGUGGAGGCAGUUAUUGUGGAAAGCAACAUUCAUCCAUUCAGAGGAAAACUGUCCACGAUCGUCGUCCAAAAGGGCACACUGAAAAAGGGCGACAUUUUAGUAGCUGGAACCGCUAUGGCAAAAGUUAGGACCCUCAAGAGCGCAGACGGAGUCGAGCUAAGUGAGGUUCCUCCUGGAUAUCCUGCGGAAAUUGAUGGGUGGAGGGCGUUGCCACCAGCUGGGGAAAUCGUUCUGCAGGCGGAAAGCGAAAAGUAUGCCAAACAAGUGAUCAAGUUCCGAGAAGAAAAGUUGGAAGAAAGAAAAAUGGAAGACGACUUGAAGGUGAUUGAACAGAAGCGCGAUCUGCACGAUAAACAGUAUAAAGAAGACGUAAAACGCCGGAGAUUACUGGGAAAAUAUCGAAAGAGUAAACCAGAAGGACCGAGGAAGCCUGAAAUAGUUGAAGCUGAUGGGCCGCCGUCUAUUAACGUGAUAGUCAAAGCAGACGUGGAUGGAACGCUGGAGGCAAUUUUGGAAACACUAGACACAUAUGAGUCGGAAGAGUGUCGUCUGGAUCUGGUUCACUAUGGAGUCGGGCCGGUCACGCAAACCGACCUGGAGCUGGCCAAGUCGUUUAACGCCAUCGUCUACGCGUUCAAUGUGGACUUUCCCAAUAACUUGAAGCCUUUAAUUUCGGGAUCCGACGUGCAAGUCAAAGAGCACAACGUUAUCUAUAGACUGAUUGAGGAUUUUAAAGAAGAAGUCAAUAACAGGCUGCCGCAGAAGGAAGUGGAAGAUAUUCUAGGCGAAGCAGAAGUUCUGCAACAGUUUGAAAUCAACAAAGGACGAAAAGUGGUUCCAGUGGCAGGCUGCCGAUGCAUAUCCGGCCUGUUAAAACGGGAAGCUCUAUUCAGGGUGGCCAGAAACUCUUCAGUUAUCUUCGAGGGCCAGUUAUGCUCGAUGAGGCAUUUAAAGAGCGAAGCGGAUGUUAUCAAAUCCGACACAGAAUGCGGCUUGCAACUAGAAAAUGAAGAAGUCACUUUUGAGAAGGGCGACCGCAUCAUAUGCUUUCAGCGAAGAAUGGUGGAACAGACCACUGAUUGGGAUCCAGGCUUUUAAAUCGAAUGUAAAAAGGUGAUAGUUUCUUAAUAAAAAACCGAGGUUUUAGCAAAACCUAAAUGGUUUGCUUCCCAUUUUAAUGGAAAUAAUAAAUAUGAUAAAUCAA